AUGUCGAGGAAAACUAUAUUAGAAAAUUCUAAAAGAAUUCGACAUAUAAGAAAAUAUACCACUACUCCAGAUCCUGAACUUCCACCAUGUGAUUUUACACCAAAGCCGUACAAAGGCCCUGACUAUGACGCGGUACAAAAUAUAAGACAGGGCCGAUUGGUGCCAUGUAUCACUUCGUAUUACAAAAAGCCAGUAUUAAUACAUCAAGGAAAAAUGCAAUGGUUAUGGGAUCAUACAGGAAAAAGAUAUCUAGAUAUGUUUGGUGGAAUUGUUACUGUCAGUGUUGGUCAUUGUCAUCCAAAAGUCAAUGCAGCUUUGGCUGACCAAAUGGAUUCUCUAUGGCACACCACAAAUAUUUAUAUGCACCCAAAAAUACAUGAAUAUGCCCAAAGAUUGACUGAUAAAAUGCCAGGUGACCUCAAGGUAGUUUAUUUUGUAAAUUCCGGCUCGGAGGCGACUGAUCUCGCCAUGAUGAUGGCCCGCCUGCACACCGGACACCACGACAUUCUGUCCUUCCGGAAUGCUUAUCACGGCAUGGGCACUGCAGCCAUGGGAAUAACAGCACACAGCACAUGGCGGUAUACAAUUCCAGUAUCACAAGCUGUACACCAUGUAAUGAAUCCAGAUCCCUAUCAAGGAAUUUGGGGUGGUGCAAAUUGUAGAGAUUCUCCAGUGCAAACAGACCGAAAAUGUGAUUGCGACAUCGAUCAUUGUCGUGCUGGUGAUCUCUAUUAUAAGCAGUUAAAAGAAGUUUUCAAAUACUCUUUACCAAGAGGACGAGUUGCUGCAUUUUUUGCAGAAUCCAUACAAGGUGUCGGUGGAACCGUACAAUAUCCUAAAAAAUAUUUGAAGCGAGCUCAUGCACUAGUCAAAGCUAAUGGAGGAUUGUAUGUUGCAGAUGAAGUUCAAACUGGUUUCGGUCGUACCGGUACCCACUUUUGGGGUUUCGAAGGGCAUGGAGUUCAACCGGACAUCGUGACAAUGGCUAAAGGUAUCGGAAAUGGUUUUCCUUUAGCAGCAGUUGUGACCACAAAAGAAAUAGCUUCGUGCCUUACACAAGCUUUGCAUUUUAAUACGUAUGGGGGCAAUCCCUUGGCGUGCGCCACUGGACUGGCCGUUCUCGAUGUUCUGGAGGAAGAAAAACUUCAACAGAACGCUUUGGAAACUGGUACGUAUCUGCUGGAAGGUCUGGCGGGUCUCAGGAAUCGUUACAAAUGCGUAGGCGAUGUCAGAGGCAAAGGUCUCAUGAUAGGAGUCGAACUUGUUGAUUGUGUAAAACGCCAGGCAAAUGAAAAUGCAAUCAACUCAAAUGCUGCAGAAUCCUGUAAUGGAAAUGGUGGAGUGCCGGAAUGCAAAUCUGAAUGUUUGAACGGUCGUAAAAGCCGAACCCCGAUGUCUGCUCCACAUUUCGUGGAUAUUUGGGAGCACUGCAAAGACAUGGGGCUGCUGUUGGGACGAGGAGGCUUGAACGCUAAUGUAUUAAGAAUAAAGCCACCAAUGUGCAUCACAAAAGCUGAUGUUGACUUCACAGUAGCAGUUUUGGAUAAGGCAUUACGGGCACAUGCUGUGAAAACUAAACGAAGUGCCAAUCAUUAAUUAAAUCGUAUAA